AACGCAGAUUGUUUGUAACCUUUUCCAUUUUAUAUCCCUCCACUGUUCGUUACUCGUAAAAAUCAGUCUAUUUAAAAUUAUUUUAUAAGAUGAUUUUUUUAAUGUGUCAUUAGCUGGAGUCGUAAAAUUGUAAAUAUGCGAGAAUAGAUAAUUGAUGUGGUUAUUUUAUGCCGUCUCGUGGAUUGUAAGAGAUAAAUUGGAAGAUUUAAAUAGAUCAUUCAGAAGGUAUUUUUCUGAAGAUAUAAAAGAGAUGUCGAGGAAAAGUUCGAGGACCCGAUUUUUCCCGAAUACGUACUUAGACUACCAAGAAAACAAUGCAGUCAAUGUAGAUUACAAACAGAUAAGGAGUGAUAUUUUGGCGAAUGUCUAUGUCUGUGCUGAGGAACAGAAGAAAGUCCAUCACGGUAUUGAAGGCGGCCUUUAUGUCGGGACAUAUGGCAAUGCUUAUACUUUCUACCAUUUGAGCAAAAAGUCAAGAUUCGUUCACGAAAGGGCUGAUCUCCUUUCAGCCGCAGUCGAGUUGAUAACAUGCGGUGUUGCUACAUGCGCCAAGUCCAAGGCAAAAGACCCGUCAGACGAAUGUGCAUUCCUUCUCGGCAAAGCUGGCAUUUAUGCUGUCGGUGCGGCUGUGUUUUUUGAAGCGGGCAAAGAUGAUUUUGCAGCCGACUGUAUCAAAGAGUAUAUCAAUGUUGGUUGUAUAGUCGCCAAUGAAAGUUACGCCUCUUUUGGCGGAGAUGAACUGUUUGUUGGUAGGGCUGGGUAUCUAUGUGGCGCUUUAUGGCUCAACCGAGUCUUUGGCCGACCUGUUAUAUCACAAGAUGUUCUCCAUACAAUCUGUGAAGCAAUCAUGGCAUCAGGAAAGCGUUAUUCAGAAGAGCACAAUUCACGCACACUCCUCAUGUACCACUAUUAUAACACUGAAUAUUUAGGAGCCGCACACGGACUGUGUUCUAUUCUUCAGAUGCUCCUCAGCUGUGAUUCUUUUCUUGAGAAGCACAAACAAGCGGAAAGAGAAAUAAAGAACACGGUGGAUUUCUUUUUGAAAAUUCAGGAACCCAAUGGAAACUUUCCUGCUGCAACAGACGAAAUCGGACAAAGCAGAGGAAGCGAUGAAUUGAUACAUUGGUGUCAUGGUGCACCUGGGGUUGUUUACUUACUCUUGAAAGCAUACAUAAGAUGGCAUGAACCGAAAUACCUUACCGCUGCUAUGAAAUGUGGUGAAAUCGUUUGGCAGAGAGGGCUUCUCAAAAAAGGGCCGGGGAUUUGCCAUGGGGUCGCUGGAAACGGAUAUGUCUUUUUAGCCCUCUACAGAGCGACCAACGAUCUCAGGUAUCUCCACAGGGCCAACCAGUUUGCCAAAUUCCUUAAAACUGAGGAAUUUAAAAAGGCUCGAGUGCCUGACAAUCCGUACAGCCUUUAUGAAGGCCUGGCUGGUACGAUUUGCUUUCUCGCUGAUCUCAUGGAGCCAGAAGAUGCGGCUUUCCCCUUCUUCGAAUUUAUGCCCACUCUAGUCGAGAAAUAAACAGACAAAUUUAGUUUGUGUUUAUGCAUCGUUGCCCAUAUUUCAAAAAUACCAAUGUGAGGUUUGUUCUAUCAAAAUGGAAAAGAUAAAAUGUGAAAAAUUUUGAAAUUAAAGGGUCAAAAUUUGCAUUCAGUAAAU